GUGGUUACCAAGUGUGUGUGUGUGUUAUCAGGUCAGGGUGGUGCCCUUGGCCUUGUAAGGUAGGGUUAUCUGGGGUUAUAUAUUUGAUCCCAGCUUUGCCUGCAAGUCUACCAGCUGCUUUCUCUUCACCUGGCCACUGUGAAUCAUCAUUUCAUACAGUGAAGUCUGAGCUCACUUGUCAUCUGAGUUGAACCCACUGUGCUGUGAUGGGGGAUGCAGAGAUGUCUGUGUUUGGGGCAGCUGCCCAGUACCUAAGGAAGUCGGAGAAGGAACGUAUGGAGGCCUCGACGCGUCCUUUUGACAUUAAGAAGGAAUGCUUUGUCCCUGAUCCAGUAGAAGAGUUUGUGAAGGCAACCAUCACCAGCCGAGAUGGAGACAAGGUCACUGUAGAGACCCAGAAUGGGAAGACUGUGACUGUCAAAGACUCGCAGAUUCUGCAACAAAAUCCUCCAAAGUUUGACAAGAUUGAAGACAUGGCCAUGCUGACCUUCCUCCAUGAACCAGCUGUGCUGUUUAAUCUCAAAGAGCGUUAUGCAGCAUGGAUGAUCUAUACCUACUCUGGGUUGUUCUGCGUGACUGUCAACCCCUACAAGUGGCUGCCAGUCUACAAUCAGGAGGUGGUUCUUGCCUACAGAGGAAAGAAGAGGAGCGAAGCACCUCCUCAUAUCUUCUCCAUCUCUGACAAUGCCUACCAGUACAUGCUGGCAGACCGUGAAAAUCAGUCAAUUCUGAUCACUGGAGAAUCUGGUGCAGGAAAGACCGUCAACACAAAGCGAGUAAUCCAGUAUUUUGCAAGUAUUGCGGCUGGAAGUGUUAAGAAGGACGCAAAUGUCAAGGACAAGGGCACCCUGGAGGAUCAAAUUAUCCAGGCUAACCCUGCUCUGGAGGCCUUUGGCAAUGCCAAGACCAUUAGGAAUGACAACUCCUCCAGAUUUGGUAAAUUUAUCCGAAUUCACUUUGAUACCAGAGGAAAAGUAGCCUCUGCUGAUAUCGAAACAUACCUUCUGGAGAAGUCUCGUGUGAUCUUCCAGCUCAAGGCAGAGAGAGAUUACCACAUCUUCUACCAGAUUCUGUCCAACAAAAAGCCUGAAAUUUUGGAGAUGCUGCUGAUCACCAAUAAUCCCUAUGACUAUGCCUUCAUCUCACAGGGGGAAACCCAAGUGGCCUCCAUUGAUGAUGCUGAGGAACUCAUGGCAACAGAUAGUGCCUUUGAUGUAUUGGGCUUUACGCAAGAGGAAAAGAACUCUGUGUACAAGCUGACUGGUGCCAUCAUGCACUAUGGUAACAUGAAAUUCAAGCAGAAGCAGCGAGAGGAGCAGGCAGAGGCUGAUGGCACUGAAGAUGCUGACAAAGUUGCAUAUCUGAUGGGCCUGAACUCUGCCGACCUCAUCAAAGGUCUCUGUCACCCAAGAGUCAAAGUAGGAAACGAGUGGGUCACCAAAGGACAAAAUGUGGCCCAGGUGAACUAUGCUGUUGGUGCUCUAUCAAAAGCUGUUUAUGAGAGGAUGUUUCUGUGGAUGGUAAUGCGAAUCAACCAGUCACUGGAGACCAGGCAGCCUCGCCAGUACUUCAUAGGGGUGCUGGACAUUGCCGGAUUUGAAAUCUUUGAUUUCAACACCUUUGAGCAGAUGUGCAUCAACUUCACCAACGAAAAACUGCAACAGUUUUUCAACCACCACAUGUUUGUACUGGAGCAGGAAGAGUACAAGAAAGAGGGCAUCGAAUGGACUUUCAUUGACUUUGGCAUGGAUCUGCAGGCCUGUAUCGACCUGAUUGAAAAGCCCAUGGGUAUCAUGUCCAUCCUUGAAGAGGAGUGCAUGUUCCCCAAAGCCAGUGAUGCCACCUUUAAAGCUAAGCUCUAUGACAACCACCUGGGAAAAUCCAGCAACUUCCAGAAGCCCAGAGUUGUCAAAGGAAAACCAGAGGCUCACUUUGCCCUGGUUCACUACGCUGGAACUGUUGAUUACAAUAUCAACAACUGGUUGGUGAAGAACAAGGAUCCUCUGAAUGAGACUGUUGUGGCAUUGUACCAAAAGUCUACCCUCAAACUUCUUGCAACUCUCUUUGCAAAUUAUGCAGGAGCUGACUCAGCUAUGUCUGAAGCUGUCGAGGGAAAAAAAGAGAAGAAGAAAAAAGGAUCCUCCUUUCAGACAGUGUCUGCUCUUCACAGGGAGAACCUGAACAAGCUGAUGACCAACUUGAGGUCGACUCACCCUCACUUUGUACGCUGCAUCAUCCCCAACGAGACCAAGACUCCAGGGGCCAUGGAGAACCCUCUGGUGAUGCACCAGCUGCGCUGUAACGGUGUGCUGGAAGGUAUCAGGAUCUGCAGAAAGGGUUUCCCCAACAGGAUCCUCUAUGGAGAUUUCAAGCAGAGAUAUCGCAUCCUGAAUCCUGCUGCCAUUCCCGAAGGCCAGUUCAUAGACAGUAGGAAAGGAGCAGAGAAACUUCUUGGGUCUUUGGAUAUUGAUCACAACCAAUACAAGUUUGGGCAUACAAAGGUGUUCUUCAAGGCUGGCUUGCUGGGUCUGCUUGAGGAGAUGAGAGAUGAGCGUCUUUCCAAAAUCAUCACAGCGAUUCAAGCCAGAUCCCGUGGUCUUUUGUCUCGCAUUGAGUAUCAGAAGAUGGUGGAACGCAGAGAUGCUUUAUUAGUAAUCCAGUGGAACAUACGUGCCUUCAUGGGGGUUAAGAAUUGGCCCUGGAUGAAGCUUUUCUUCAAGAUCAAACCUCUGCUGAGAUCUGCUGAGGCAGAAAAGGAGAUGGCCAACAUGAAGGAAGAAUUCCUAAAACUCAAAGAAGCUUAUGCAAAAUCUGAAGCUCGAAGAAAGGAACUAGAGGAGAAAAUGGUGACUCUUCUCCAAGAGAAGAAUGACCUGCAGCUCCAAGUUCAAGCAGAACAAGACAAUCUAUGUGAUGCUGAAGAAAGAUGUGAGGGGCUGAUCAAGAGCAAGAUUCAGCUGGAAGCCAAAAUCAAAGAGCUGACGGAGAGACUGGAGGAUGAGGAGGAGAUGAAUGCAGAACUGACUGCUAAGAAGAGGAAGCUGGAGGACGAGUGCUCCGAGCUGAAGAAAGACAUCGAUGACUUAGAGUUAACUCUAGCUAAAGUGGAGAAGGAGAAGCAUGCCACUGAGAACAAGGUCAAGAACCUUGUUGAAGAGAUGGCUGCUUUAGAUGAGAUCAUUGCCAAGCUGACCAAGGAAAAGAAAGCUUUACAGGAAGCUCAUCAGCAAACUCUGGAUGACCUGCAGAGUGAGGAAGACAAAGUCAACACUCUGACCAAGGCCAAGGCUAAGCUGGAGCAGCAAGUGGAUGAUCUUGAAGGAUCUCUUGAGCAAGAGAAAAAGAUUCGAAUGGACCUCGAGAGAGCUAAGAGGAAGCUAGAGGGAGAUCUAAAGUUGACCCAGGAGUCUGUGAUGGAUCUUGAAAAUGACAAGCAACAGCUGGAGGAGCGUCUGAAAAAGAAAGACUUUGAAAUCAGCCAGCUGAACAGCAAAGUUGAAGAUGAACAGGCCAUCAUUAUUCAACUGCAAAAGAAACUGAAAGAGCUACAGGCUCGUGUAGAGGAGCUGGAGGAAGAGCUCGAAGCAGAGAGAGCUGCUCGAGCCAAGGUGGAGAAGCAGAGAGCUGACCUGGCCAGAGAGCUGGAGGAGAUCAGUGAGAGGUUGGAGGAGGCUGGAGGAGCCACAGCUGCCCAGAUUGAGAUGAACAAGAAGAGGGAGGCCGAGUUCCAGAAACUGCGCAGAGACCUCGAAGAGGCCACUCUGCACCACGAAGCCACUACUGCCACACUCAGGAAGAAACAAGCUGACAGUGUUGCUGAGCUGGGAGAGCAGAUUGAUAACCUGCAGAGAGUCAAGCAGAAACUGGAGAAGGAGAAGAGUGAGCUCAGACUGGAGCUGGAUGAUGUGGUCUCCAAUAUGGAACAAACUGUAAAGUCUAAGACUACACUGGAAAAGACCUGCAGAACUUUGGAGGAUCAAAUGAAUGAAUACAGGACCAAGUGUGAUGAAUAUCAACGAUCCCUUAGUGACUUAACCACUCAGAAAGCCAAGCUUCAAGCAGAGAAUGAUGAGCUUUUAAGACAGAUGGAAGAGAAAGAAUCUCUCGUUUCUCAGCUGACUAGAGGAAAGAAUUCCUAUAGCCAACAACUUGAAGAUAUAAAGAGACAGCUAGAAGAGGAAAUAAAGGCCAAGAAUGCAUUAGCCCAUGCAGUGCAGUCUGCUCGCCAUGACUGUGACCUGCUCAGGGAGCAGUAUGAGGAGGAGCAGGAGGCUAAAGCUGAACUGCAGCGUGGCAUGUCCAAGGCCAACUCUGAGGUGGCUCAGUGGAGGGCAAAGUAUGAAACUGAUGCCAUCCAGAGGACCGAAGAACUAGAAGAGGCCAAAAAGAAGCUGGCUCAGCGUCUGCAGGACGCUGAGGAGGCUGUUGAAGCAGUGAAUGCUAAAUGUUCCUCUCUGGAGAAGACCAAACACAGGCUGCAGAAUGAGAUUGAAGAUCUCAUGGUGGAUGUGGAGAGGUCUAAUGCUGCUGCUGCUGCUCUGGACAAGAAACAAAGAAACUUUGACAAAAUUCUUUCUGAGUGGAAACAGAAGUAUGAGGAGUGUCAGUGUGAGCUGGAGAGCUCCCAGAAGGAGGCCAGGUCUCUCAGCACUGAGCUCUUCAAACUGAAGAACUCUUAUGAAGAGUCUCUUGAACAUUUGGAGACCAUGAAGAGAGAGAACAAGAAUCUUCAGGAGGAAAUUUCUGACCUCACUGAGCAACUUGGUGAGGGGGGAAAAACCAUUCAUGAGUUGGAGAAGGUCCGUAAGCAGCUGGAGCAAGAAAAGAGUGAGAUUCAGUCUGCUCUUGAGGAAGCAGAGGGUUCUCUUGAGCACGAGGAGGGCAAGAUUCUAAGAGCUCAGCUUGAGUUCAACCAAAUCAAGGCUGACAUGGAGCGUAAACUGGCUGAGAAGGAUGAAGAGAUGGAGCAGAGCAAGAGAAACCUGCAGAGGACCAUCGACACCCUGCAGAGCUCUCUUGAAGCUGAGACUCGCAGCAGGAAUGAGGCUCUGCGGCUGAAGAAGAAAAUGGAAGGAGACCUGAAUGAGAUGGAGAUCCAGCUAAGCCAGGCCAACAGGCAGGCAGCCGAGGCCCAGAAACAGCUUAAGGCUGUUCAUGCGCAUCUGAAGGACACACAACUUCAGCUGGACGACUCUCUGCGAGCCAGUGAUGAUAUGAAGGAAAACAUUGUCAUUGUUGAGCGACGCAACACCCUGCUUCAGGCUGAAGUGGAGGAGCUGAGAGCAGCUCUGGAUCAAACGGAGAGAAGCCGCAAACUUGCAGAGCAAGAGCUGCUGGAUGUUACAGAGAGGGUGCAGCUACUGCACUCACAGAACACCAGCCUGAUAAACCAAAAGAAGAAGCUGGAGGCUGAUACAUCCCAGCUUCAAACUGAAGUGGAGGAGGCAGUGCAGGAGUGCAGGAAUGCAGAGGAGAAGGCCAAGAAGGCCAUCACUGAUGCUGCCAUGAUGGCAGAGGAGCUGAAGAAGGAGCAGGACACCAGCGCUCAUCUGGAGCGAAUGAAGAAGAACAUGGAGCAAACCAUCAAAGACCUGCAGCACCGCCUGGAUGAAGCUGAGCAGAUCGCCAUGAAGGGAGGCAAGAAGCAGAUUCAGAAGCUCGAGGCCAGGGUAAGGGAACUAGAAAAUGAGGUGGAAAUGGAGCAGAAGAAAAGCAGUGAUGCUGUGAAGGGGGUGCGUAAAUAUGAACGUCGCAUCAAGGAACUCACCUACCAGACUGAAGAAGAUCGUAAGAACAUCGUGCGGCUUCAAGAUCUAGUGGACAAGCUGCAGCUGAAAGUUAAAGCCUACAAAAGAUCUACAGAGGAGGCUGAAGAACAGGCCAAUGUUCAUCUUGGCAAGUUCCGCAAGAUGCAGCAUGAGCUGGAGGAGGCUGAAGAGAGAGCUGACAUCGCUGAGUCUCAGGUCAACAAGCUUCGUGCCAAGAGCCGCGAUGUCGGAUCCAAGAAAGGGUUUGAUGAGGAGUGAAGCUUUGGAGUCAACAGAAACCCCUUUGUCUGCUGUGUGUUAUAGAUCCCCUCAACUAUCACUAUUUACAACCUGCAGUGCUAAUAAAAUCUCAUUAAGCUGUUGCACAA